AUGGGAGAAGAAACGAUUAAAUCCACCAAUUCGGGGUCGCCACAAAUUACAAGUCCUGGUGGAAAUGAGCUGCUAUUGAAAUUUAUUAACUCAGCCCAUUUCACGCUAUACAAUAAUAUCGAGUACCUAGCGAGGUAUAGUUAUAAUGUGGGGAUACACUAUUAUUUGUGUCAAAAGUUGCUGACAUUUCCUCACAAUGAGCUACAAUUCUACAUACCACAAUUAGUACAGGUGCUUUUGACUGUGGAAACAGAAUCAAUUGCUCUUGAGGAACUACUGCUCCAGCUCAGUGCCGAAAACCCUCAUUUUGCUUUACUUACAUUUUGGCAACUGCAGGCCCUACUCGCUGAUUUAUCUAAUGAUCCAGCAUCUUAUGGGUUUCAAGUUGCGCGUCGAGUAAUUAACAACCUUCAGUAUGUUUUGUUCAACACCGCUAAGAAUGGCCCGGAAGAUAAGAAAAUGCAUGAGAAUGUUGCUCCCGCUAUUGUGCUCUGUUCCAUGGUAAUGUGUGGUGUUGUCAUGCCCUCUUUAGGCCAAACUUCACUGCCACUAGUGCGAUCACAAGGUAAACGUCAGAAAAGCUACGUAUUCAAGCUUGCUAAAAAUGCCAUGCGGAACUUAACAAAGAAUUUGACUUUGAAAAACACCAUUCUGAAUCAAAAGAGUUCCAAUGCUUGGGGACACAAGAAUGAUCCUGGCUCACCAGUGGAUCUCGUCGAUAACACGAGAAGUAAAGAAGAUGCUCUGUUUAAGAAACCAAAGGAAAAACCGCUGACUUCGUUGAAUUUCGAUAUUAUAGACGACGUGGGCGAAAAAAUGUUCGAAGAAAGAAUUUCAAACUCAAUAAAGAUGCCCAAGAGGAAGUCAAGAACAACAGAUCAAUCUUAUGUUCACAGAGUUUAUCAAGACCAAUCGUCAAUGGGGGCCUCCGACUCUGUCUAUGAAGAUGAAUACACAAACUCAAUGCCUGAUCUUCAUAAAGAGCUUGAAAGAACCACGUCAGCGACGUCUUUUAACUCCUUCAAGUCUAACAAGUCCAUCGAGCAUACGUCUGCAGAUGACAAUAUAUCACGUGUUAAUACAAGUCCCCCAAUGGCAGAUUCAUUCAAUGAUCAUUAUUACAAUGCAAAGGGCAGUCGCAAGUCGUCCCGUCAUGGGGCAAAUUUACAUAAUUUGGAACCAUCGCAAUUAUCCAUGCCCAAAAAAAUUAAGCUAUUAAAAGCAAACUAUUUUCGUUGUGAAACACAGUUUGCUAUUGCAUUAGAGUCGAUUUCUCAAAGAUUGGCUCAAGUUCCUGUGGAUGCUCGACUCAGUGCUCUACGUGCUGAAUUAUCUCUUUUAAACAGAGAUUUGCCUGCUGAAGUUGAUAUUCCUACCUUAUUGCCUCAAAAUAAGAAGGGUAAACUCCAUAGACUCACCAAAAUAUCAGCAAACGAAGCGCAAGUUUUGAACUCUGCAGAAAAGGUUCCAUUUCUUCUAUUAAUUGAAUAUCUUAGAGAUGAUAUGGACUUUGAUCCUACAACCGAAGACAACGAAAAACUAUUGAGGGAGAGGCCUGAUGAAGGAAGCUUCAUCUUCGACUUGAGUUACAUUAAUAAGAAUAUGCGUGAUGAUAACACUGAUUUUGGUUCUCAUGUCGAAACCUCUGCUCAGAGGUCUGGCUCACCUCUUGCGUCCUACGUUGAGACUUUCAAACCGAGUAGAGAGGUGGAUUUAGGUGAUUUAUCUGUGGUAAAACUCACUAAUCAAAAUGAAGCCGAAACAUAUCGCCAUGAGCUAAUGGUUCAAACUGCUACCAAAGUACCAGUGAUACCUGAUGAUUCUAAUGCACGCAAUCCCGAGCUCAGAUUCUUGACAAAUCUCGAAGACAUCACCUCAGAUCUCCAGAAUCUCGGCAGAGCAGAUGCUGCCACUGGAAAUGCAGAAGAUCUUGCUACUCAAAUGCGCAUAUCUGCCGUAAUGUUGGCACAGCUUGAUAAAUCCCCUCAUCAGCUACAUGAUGCUACAAAUCAAAUAAGAGCUAAGAUCAUUGCUUCUAUGCAGGAAGUUCAAGACCGUUUUGGAUAUCGUGAUUUGGAAGCCAUACAUGGGAUGGCCGGUGAAAGAAAACUGGAAAAUGAUUUGAAAACCGGUGGUUUAAUGGGUACGAAAAAGGACACGUCGUAUUUAGGAGAAGAAUGGGCCACAAAGAAAGAAAGAAUUAGGAAAACAUCCGAAUUUGGAAAUUUGGAUAACUGGGAUCUCUGCUCUGUAAUUGCAAAAUCCGGAGAUGAUCUCCGGCAAGAGGCAUUUGCAUGUCAAUUAAUCCAGGCAAUGGCCAACAUUUGGGCUCGUGAAGGAGUUGACGUCUGGGUGAAGAAGAUGAAAAUUUUGAUAACCAGUGCAAAUACUGGCCUUGUAGAGACCAUUACUAACGCCAUUUCUGUUCAUAGUAUCAAGAAGUCACUCACUAAGAAAAUGGUCGAAGACGGUGAAUUAAACGAGAAGGGACAAAUUGCGAGUCUAACAGACCAUUUCGUUCGCGCAUACGGUGAUUCAAACACAUUUAAAUACAAGAGAGCUCAGGAUAACUUUGCAUCCAGUCUGGCGGCAUAUUCCGUUAUAUGUUACAUCUUGCAAGUCAAGGAUCGUCAUAACGGUAAUAUUAUGAUAGACAAUGAGGGUCAUGUGGUGCAUAUUGAUUUUGGUUUUAUGCUCUCUAACUCCCCAGGCUCAGUGGGUUUCGAGGCUGCCCCAUUCAAACUCACAUACGAGUACGUCGACCUCCUUGGUGGAAUAGAUGCGGAACCAUACAUAAAAUUUGUCCGCCUCACUAAAGAGGCUUUCAAAGCACUCAGAAAGUACGCUGAUCAACUCGUCUCUAUGUGUGAGAUUAUGCAGAAAGAUAACCUUCAGCCAUGUUUUAACGCUGGAGAGCAGACAAGCGCACAAAUGCGUCAAAGAUUCCACACUGAACUCACAGAUUCAGAGUGUGACGACUUUGUCGAGUCUGUACUCGUUGGAAAAUCGUUGGGCAGUAUUUAUACGCGGCUUUACGACCAAUUCCAAUUGAUAACUCAAGGUAUAUACUCUUAA